CUGCCCACUCUUUACUCUUCCUGGUUUGUUCGUCUGGACGUCACGGCGGCUGCCAAAGCGGUUAGUCAAACAAGUCCAAAGUUGUCCGGACACCGGAGGAGGAUGAACCGGAGGAGGAUACGGCAGCUGGGCGGUAGUCUGUACUCCGUGUAAACGUCGUUUUUACAAAAUGAUAAACAGACGUUGUGUUUUUCGCGGCUACCAGGCGGCAGUAGCAGGGGCUAGCUGCUCGGCUAGCUGCUGCUAGCCAGUUAGCGAGCUAGCAGACGUUGGUCUGUUGCUAUUAGCUUUGAGUGUCUAGUGUGAAACGUUGACAAGCUUGGUCAAGUUUGACUGCAGCAGACGAUUUAAAGGACUCUUUGAGUUUACUGGAGAGGACAACAUGGAGAACAAGGACAAAGUACAGAUGAGGAAUCACCCUCGCAGACAGUUGAAGAAGCUGAGCGAGGACAGUCUCACCAAGCAGCCAGAGGAAGUCUUUGAUGUCCUGGAGAAGCUGGGUGAAGGGUCGUACGGCUGUGUGUUUAAAGCCCAUUAUAAAGAGACGGGGGAGAUUGUAGCCAUCAAACAAGUUCCUGUGGAGUCUGAUCUUCAGGAGAUCAUCAAGGAAAUCUCCAUCAUGCAGCAGUGUAACAGUCCCCAUGUAGUGCGGUACUAUGGCAGCUACUUCAAAAACAGUGACCUGUGGAUUGUAAUGGAAUAUUGUGGAGCCGGAUCAGUGUCUGAUAUCAUCCGAAUACGCAACAAGACGCUAACAGAAGAGGAGAUAGCCACCAUCCUGCAGUCCACUCUGAAGGGUCUCGAGUAUCUUCACUUCAUGAGAAAAAUCCACAGAGACAUCAAAGCAGGCAACAUCCUGCUGAACACAGAGGGUCAGGCCAAACUGGCCGACUUCGGAGUUGCUGGACAACUCACAGACACCAUGGCGAAGCGAAACACAGUCAUCGGCACGCCGUUCUGGAUGGCUCCGGAGGUCAUACAGGAGAUCGGCUACAACUGCGUGGCUGACAUCUGGUCUCUGGGAAUAACCGCUAUAGAGAUGGCGGAGGGGAAGCCGCCCUACGCUGACAUACAUCCCAUGAGGGCCAUCUUCAUGAUUCCCACCAACCCUCCCCCAACAUUCAGGAACCCAGAUGUGUGGUCUUCAUCAUUUGUAGACUUUGUCAGCCAGUGUUUGGUGAAAAACCCUGAAAAUAGGGCGACUGCUACACAGUUGUUACAGCAUCCAUUCAUCAAGUCAGCCAAGCCCAAUUCCAUCCUCAGAGCCCUGAUCACAGACGCCAUGGAGAUAAAACUGAAGAGACAAGAGGAGGAAGAACAGAGAGAGCAGGAUGCAGAAGAUGAUGACAAUUCGGAUGAGGAUGAGGUUGACCAGGGGACGAUGGUGCGGGCAGGAACAGGCGACUUAGGAACCAUCCGGGCUGCUGGUUCAGCGGGUUCACUCAGUGGUACGGCACGGACUAUGAUCGAACACGAGGACACCGGAACCAUGCAGUUACAACUGGGCACCAUGGUCAUCAACUCUGAGGAUGAGGAUGAGGAAGAAGCGGGUACCAUGAAAAGGAGAGAUGAGACGAUGCAGCCGUCCAAGCCGUCCUUCCUGGAGUACUUUGAGCAGAAAGAGAAGGAGGCCAACAGUCAUAAUGAGGGAGGAAGAGGAGAAAACAACGCAGACAACCGGAAACUGCCGGGUGAAGGAGACCUUCAAGUGGUGAGUUCGUGGUCGGUGGAGGAGCUACGUCUGCGCCUGGCCUCUCUGGACCCCCAGAUGGAGCAGGAGAUCGAGGAGAUCCGUCAGCGCUACCACGCCAAGAGGAAGCCCAUCCUCGACGCCAUCGAGGCCAAAAAACGACGGCAGCAGAACUUCUGAGAAGGAACUGCCGAACUCCUUACGGCAGCAACUGGAUGUUUUAUCUCUUGUGAUCUCUGCAGCAGGUUUGUGAAAUGUCAGUAAGACAAACGACGUUUCUCACAGCUGCUGAGGUUCGUCCAAAAUAACUAAAAUAAGUGGUGACGAGACGACGCAGUUGGACGAGACGCCGUGAUUUGGAAAACUGUGCGAGGACUUCUGAUGAUCAAACUGCUGAAGAAGAACUUCCAAAGAGCUGUUCUCUGUUUGACAGAAUAUUAUCAUUGUGUGUUUGAUUUAAGAUCCACGUUCUCUUUGUUCUGCCUUCUUGAGAUAAUCCAGAGACUUUUUUUUUUGCAUUUCUGGUUUUGUUUUUUUUACUUAAUCGUGUGGUACAAUAUCAUUUUAACUGCUGACUGUUCAACUUAGGUACUCGUCUUUUAAUUCCUCAACUGUUUCCUGUUAUUACUGUAAACAAUGAUGCUGCUGGACUUUUCAGCGUUCCCACUCUGGGCUGUGAAAGUCUAGACGAGUGCGUAGUCUAGAAAUGGAUCAUUCCCUGGUCUUGAAAAGUUUGUAAAACACACAAAAAGCUGAAAAUGUAUAUGAUCUGCCUCUUCUGUCGUAACAUGUUGGUCAAUUUGAAGCUACAUGUUAUAAACACAGAUCAAAGUUUCAAGAUAAAUGUGAACGAACCCAUGUAUUUGCUAUCGGCCGUACUGAAUUAGCUAAAAGGAGCUAACAUCUUCAUCAUUUGGCAUGUGCGAGGUUCUAAACAUCCACAGGGUUCCUCACUCUAAACUUUAAAAGCUAAAUCCUCGUUUCUUUGUUUUUCUACAUACAGCGCUGAAUAUACAGCCAUUGUCGAAGUCCAUUCAUAAUUCAUCAUGUUUUAGUUCUCUUAAGUCUCUUUAGUCUUAAGUGUUACAUAACCAAAUCAAUAUAUUGGACCACAAGCUUGUGUCUCUCAACAAAAUAAGACAUUAUCAGACCAAUGUUCUUGUCUUCUGUUGCCUAAAAAUUAAGUGACGCUUUCUCACAGUUCAGCUUCGGCAUGAAGCCAAACAGCAGAAAUACUUCUGUAAAGAAGCAUGAAAAAUGGGGCUUCUUCAGUAUAGAUUAUGAUAUCGAUUUUAAAGAUAAGCACAGCUAACGUCAACAAGACUGAUUAUCCUUUUAGAGCUCCUCGUUUACUCAAGUUACACUUGAUGCCUGGACGACGACGAUACUUCUAGCUGAUGUUUGUUUUUCUCGGGCAGCUGGUCGACUAAUUUUAUAUCAUCAUUCCAUCCUCAUCUUCCACCUAAUGGGUCUAACUGCAGAUUAUAUGUCUGACUUUAAACAAGCCCCCGUUAUACAACAGGACGAGUUACAGACAGAUAUUCUUGAUACAGAAAUGCUGAUCUUGAAAUGUAACAAACUCUGUAUCUGAGAGUCGGUUGUUCCCAACCUGCAGAUCGCAGAACAGUAUGUGGGGGCGAAAAACUGGAAAACAAUACAUUUAUACACAGUUAUAUUUAUUUUGGUGACAUUUGCUUUUAACCCCCCUGCUUAGCAUUUAUAAGCAUUAUAUAAACAUUUAAAUGGUUUAUAACACACUGUAAUGUAGUUGUGAGCACAUAUAAGGACAUUUUUAAGUGUUUAUUAAUGUACAGUAUUUGUGAACAAUUAUAACUUCUCAUAUGAAGACGUUUUAUAUUAUUACAACUGUGUGUUACUAUAAUGUCAUUCCUUAUCUGUUCAUACACCAGCCUCCACUUAUGGGUUAGUUGUUUACAAAUAAAUUAAUAGUCACUUAUAUCUGCUUACAAUGACAUUAUAGUGUGUUAAACAUGUAUUAAAUGUUUAUAUACUGCUUAUAAAUCGUAAUAGGAGGUUAAAGCAAAGUGUUACCUUUAGAGGAACAUCUGAAAAAAUCGUCUAUUUUUAAACUACUGGGUAAUUUGACCUCCUCGUUUCUCCAGAUAAUCUCUUUUUGGUUAACCUGGUCGUUAUUUUAUGGGCAUAUGAUGACGACACUGAUGAUGGUUCGCAGGUUGACAUUGCUUCAAAACAAAAAAAAAGGUUGGGAAUGACUGGCCUAACAGACACUCCUGCACUUGAAUGUUUAUUCGAAGCUGGAAUUAAAAUUUUCUUAUAGUUUUAAGGGAUUUAAUCAGGUGGGCACGUUUUGACGUUUAACCUCCAGUGUCCACAGUUCUUAGUGUUUACUUUGGGUUUUUAUUUCAGUGUCUAGUUUUCUUCCUGAGUAAGCUAAAAAAAAAAAAAAAAAAAAAGACCUGGGUCAACAUAUUUAUGGAAAAAAGAUUAAACAAAGCUUUUAUUUCUUGGAUUUAUGAGUUUGAUCUGGCACGGUGGACCGAAUGAGAUUGCCCCUAAAAAAAAAAAGUGCCAAGAAGCCGCAGACUAAAGCUGGCGUCGCCCGGGUCUCAUUCAUCUUCACUUCUAACAUUCCUCGGAGCAACUCAGCCGCUCAUUUUUCAUAUUUGGUAUCCAUCCAGCACAAAACAUAACUGAGGAUUUAUAUUUUUAUACAUAGGUUUAGUGGUUACACAACAGUUUUGUUCUGAUCGCCGGGAUUUGCAUCAGAAUAAAAAAACAGCUUCUCAGGUCAUAAAACUCCUCAGGGGUGUAAAAUAAUGAAAGUAGUGAUGAGAAACUGUAGAUCAUUUGGAGAUCCUUCACACAAAGAGUCACGUCUGUAUAUAUACACAAGCACUGCUGGGCUGUAUUUGUAUAUUGGGAUUCAUAUGAUGAGUUGAAGGGUUAAAUCCCCAAAACGAGACACUUUUCAUUAAGUUAUUACUUUGAAUAUUAAGCAGUUAUCAACAGACAGCGAGUCAGAAUGGGUGUGGGAGGUUUUUGGGGAGAAACCCUUCAGCUGGACUCGCUGUAGUUAAAGUCCAGACCUGAUAACAAGAUGCUGUAUUUACCUCCAGACUUGUUCUGUGGUUUCUGUGUGUGCAGGACUCUGUGACUCACACUCGCACAAUUCAUUUUUUUUUUUCCAUUUUCUCUUACUUGUUACAAGCAAAGCAAAAAGGGAUUUUUCUUUCUGCCUUAUUUUUGUCAGUUUUGGAUGUUCUGUUUUUGAGUAGUUAUUUGAACAGUGAUCUAAUAUAUAAACUGGUUCUGCUGACGAUACCAGAGAAAAAGGGGAAAAUAUAGAAAAUAAUGGAUCUCGAUUGUUAUUAAACUGGCAGCGAAGUUACUCUGCUGCUGGAGAAGCGAAGCAACAGAAAUUAAGUCGUAAUCACUGGAGAAGAUUUAGAACAGAAGUUAAACUGUUCUGAUGUUUUGGAAUCAGUUUUAACAUGAACCACUGUUGGAUAUUUCUGCCUUCUUUUGACAAAAUUAACUUUUAAAUGCUUCUGUUAUUGUCUGAACUUAUAACUAUGAACUGGUGAUUUAACGAGGCCAAAACAAACCACUGCAGGUAUUUGUACGUUUCUUUACUACUUUCUUUAAUGGUUCAUUCAACACCUGCAGCUGAGCAGCAUGAAGGGAAGUUUGGGACGGUAGAAUUACUGAUUUGUGCUAAAAAAAAAAAAAUCAUAAUUAUGUAGAGUGAAAACAUAUCUGGAUCACAUUUAAUUGUGCUUUAAUUUCAGGUUAUUUACUUGUUCUUGGAGAACUCAGAUGAUGUUUCAGUAGCACAAACACUUCAUGAGGCUCUAAUUUAUUUAAUGAGUGAGUCAGUUAUAAUGUCUAAAUCCUACUGAAACACAUGGAGUGUAUAGAUGCAUCAUUUCUCAAGUGUUACCACUGUUAAGGCUCCUCGAGUCUUUAAUUUAUUCAUUCAGAGUUACAUACAUACUUUUUUCUGCAGGUAUUUCGGUUGUUCAUGUUUUAUAUUUGUAGUCUCAAAGCUCAGUAUUCAAGUAGGAAUACAAACAAUAUAACUAUAAAAUGUUCAAAUACAAACUGUCAUUGGCGCCUGUAUAAAACUGUGAUUCCUGAAUAAGUGAAUAAAUACAUGAACAGAACAAAGAAAAGUGGAGAAAAAUAAUUUCUCAGCACCAAACAGUGCUGGAACCGUUUCACAGAUUUACAGUAAACACCGGAUUCAGGCUGCAUCCUCAUUGUUUAGGUGAAUCUGCGUGAAAAGCUUUUUGAGUUUUGAGAUUUCAGAAGUUUUCACUGUCCUGUUUCUCUGCCUCUUCUAUGUGCAAAACCUUUUUUUAUUUUUUAAAUUUCUUCCAGGCAUGUUUGGAUCUGCUGUUAACUCGUCUUUUCUGAGCUCUUCUCAUGUUUUGCACACAUCCCGUCUGAUGCCUGAUUUGUUGUUCCCUCAGUUUCUGAAGUAUAAAUGCCUUAAAGGAUGCAGUGGAAGUCAUGCAUAUGUUUGAGAUCACUGAUGUUUGGUUUGUGUAUUUUAUGUGUUUGCUUGUCUAAUAAAGAAAUUAAUAAAAACUGA